UCUUAGUGUGACCUGGAUCAGAAUAUUUUCUUCGACUUCAGUUUUCAAAAUGAGAACAUGAGUGGAAGCAGGACAGAAAUGUUCGCAGGGUUAACUGUAACACGACAGUUAAGACCACUUGGUUCCGAUGGCUUCCGCAGGAGAUGUUGGUUGCACAUGAGAGCCAGGUUCCCUACUCUCGAAGCGGUUCCCGAAAUAAAACGAGCUGUGGCACGUUUCUGCCAUAUCGAGGAAAGUGGCGUACACUCUGAUUGGGUGAGGGAGGUCCAGCUACGAUAUAAGAAAUAUGCUGUUGACAAGAAAUGCAAGAGGAAGGGGGCAGCAGUGAAGCAGAGAGCAGCAUCGGAUCAUCCCCCAGUUACUGCUGCUGGUACCCAGACAGAUCCACUGCACGCAUUGCACUGCAAGGAUUGUGUGACCAAUGCCAUGCGGCAUGUCCUGGACGAAAAGGCGGCGGAAAUUGCGGAGAUGAGGACCAAUCUCCUCCUCCACCAAGCACCCUCUCCGACCCCAGCACCCGUCAGCAGUAUCCUGAUCAGAACCCCUGACCCCAUCCGCUCUCGCUCGCGAACUCCCUCCGUCAGUUCAAAUGGGCCAGGACCGUCCCGUUCCAGUCACGGUACACCAGUCUGUGCUGUGCAACCACGAUCACGGAUUAAUUCAGCAGCAUCCAGUAUCAGUGCGGACAACUGGGGGCCCGAAUCUGUCAUAGAAGCCAGAGUCCGCAUGGCUGCUGAGAGGAAAAAAAAGGCCUCUCAAAAGAAGCUCACUGCGACUGAGAUUUUCCGACAGCGUUGGGGAGGUUCAGUUUAACUAUAAAACUUGUAAAUACACUGAAUUUAUUAUUAAUUUUUGAAAAAUUAUGUGAUGUUUGUUCCGUGAUACUAACUUUUUUUUGUGACACUAAUUCAUUAACUCUAUUUGUGAUACUAAUUUAUUAACUAAUUUUAUGAUACCAAUUUUGUGACACUAAUUUUGAUAGACUGUGGGAUACUGAAGGGAAAAGAAGCAGUUCUAACGAGCUCUUCUCAAACACAAGGAUAUAUCUUGUGAACUUGGCUGGUAUAUAUGAAACAUUUGACACGGAGUUGUAGAGUGAGCUAUGUGCCUCGCCAGGGCUAAAGUAGUGAAUGACCUUGCUGUACGGCAAGUUAAACAAGGAUCUGAAACUACUAGGUUCCGUACAGGCUCAACUCUACACCCGUGCCAAUAUGUUCAUAUGAAAGCCUCUUGAUUUAUACUAAUAAUUCUUUAAUUCUUUUUGCUCGCUUUCUUUUCACCCUUCCCCCUCUCUCGAUAUUUCAUCAAUUAUCACAUCCCAACAUUUGAAAUGUUUUCAAGUAAAGUUUAGCCUCAAGAACUUAACCUUCACGGACAUUAUAGUAACAAAAUGCUUUGCCCGUGUGUUCUCUGUCAACAAGAGAAUGAAUUGUCCGACCGUACGGUAAAGGAACAUCUGCUCUCAUUCGGUCACAUGAAGAAAACACUGUUGGCUGAUUUUAUCAAACAUACCGAUCCGGGAGACAAACUUUUUCACCACGUGCUGAGGUCGUUACUAGAUAAGUGCUUUGAAGAGGGAGCAACCUUUGAGGUGAAGGGUUCACAGGGAAAACCCCUCCUCAUCACCACUAUCAUUAAGCCGCACAAGGAAAUAAAAACUCCUGCUGACAGUGUUAAAAGGAAGCACACUCAUGUCUUCAAGGAUAUAGUAGAGAGCCAGGCUGAGUCAAGCUGUUCAAAAUCUAAUGACUCUGAUAUCGAAUCAGUGACCAAACGGAUCCGAACUGCGGAGUUAACAUCACUCUCUAAAGAGCAGCGGGAGUAUGUACAGGCGUUGGCUGGCGUUGACUGUAAGAAACGAAUUGAUGCUCUUCAUGUUGCUAUGUUCAAAGCUGAAUCUAACACGGGGACAGCCAAUGUACGAAACAACCUGCGGCCACUGCUAAAAAAAUAUGAUAUAAAAAUGGAAUCAGAGAAGGAAAUCAAGUCAAUGGAAGAAUUAUACACCGUGAACUAUAUGAGUGCAAUGGUUUCUCUUUCCCAUAAAGCUGCAGCACAUGAUAAAAAUGAAACUAAAAGUGGUGAGCUGUUAGCAAGACGUACCCCAGUAGCCUACUGUGAUGGACAGGAACUGCUAACCAAAACACUUAUAACCUUGAAGAAUACCGGCCAGUUAGAUGUGGGAACUGACAAAACUAUACAUGUUAAGCUGUUUGUAGACGCAGACACGAGCUCCACUAAAGUGGCAGUCAAUGUGCUAAACCAGCCUUCGUGUAACAGCUCGUAUGCCCACCCAAUGCUGGUGUACACCGAAGCUCCGGACCAUCGCAGGAACAUGGAGGUCAUAUUUAAGGUGGUUAACCGGGACCUACCACAGCUCAAGAACUUUGUCUUCUGUGGAGCACAUGUGAAGAUGAUUCUCUGUGCAGACACAAAGGCACUGUGGGCUAUGCUGGGUAUGGGCAGCAAUGGGACGUUCCCCUGUCCACUGUGCGAGGUACAUAAAGACCUGAUGCAAGUACCCAGAAGCCAGAGAGCUCUCUGCAAGCCCCGAACUUUUGCGGGAAUUAUGCAGAACUUUGAUGCUAAUAUGAGAAUGACUCAGUGUAACCCGAGAUCCCAAGCCCAGUUUAUGAAUGUUGCUUCACGACCCAUCACAGACUGUUUCGGGGAGGAUUCUGAUUAUCUCAUAAACUGGGUCGCUGUUCCGUUCUUGCACAUAAACAUCAAAGUCGGGACUUUUCUGUGGACAGAGUACGGUAAACUGUGCGAGGAGAUAGACUUUGUACUCGCUUGCAAUGUGGCAGACGGGUUUCUUCCCAACAGCUACAGCAGUACGACAGACUUUGGAGCCAUGAUUCUGCGCAUCGAACAAGGUAACCGUGUGGCCUCGAAGUGCAACAGUGGGCCCCUUUCCUCGAAGUAUGAGCAAUAUUUGAGGGGCAUCAAUGUCACUCCUGAGGCAUACCAUGGUGUGUCCCUGACCGGCGUGAGAGCAGGAUAUUUGGUUAAAGCCAAUCACACUCAAUUUUGGACAGACCACUUCUAUAAAAACGAGAAGAUAAGACCACAGGACAAGCUGCACUUUCAGCAACGGCUCCUUGCACUGGAUCGCAUUAAGUCCUCGUAUAGAGAUCUCUUAGUUCUCGGUGGCAAAAGUGGGAAAGUGAAGAGUCCCCGUGAGAUCGAAACUCUUGUCAAGGCCAGGGACCUCUUCUUGGCAGAGUACCGAAAGUUUGGUCAGUCCACAUCGGUGAAGAUACAUCUCCUUGAAGACCACUUUUUGGAGCAGAUACAGCUCUGGGGGAUGUUUUCUGGAUCUUUCAAUGAGCAAGGUGGUGAGAGUACUCACUCCCUUUUUAAGAAUCACGAACACAUGACAAACCAUGUUCGUAAUGACGAAGACCGAGUUGUGAAAAAGUGCGAGCUAGCAACACGGAAAUACCUGUUGAAAGUGAAAUCCAAGCUGUGUGACUGAAAUGGGUCAAUCAUGAUGGAUUUAGUGUUUGGGACAAUCUGCUAUAUGCCUAAAAUUGAAAGAUUGUUAAUUUGGUGAUGCUUCACCCUCUGUUCAUAUUUUCUACUUGAUCAAUAAUGAUAUUCGCCACAUAUUAUGUAAAACGCCGCUUAUGUUUUGCCAUUAAAAUUUUUUCGUUAUAGUAGUGACUGCGACUGAAACCGCGCAUCACGCAAGUUUUUGUCGCCGCGCGAGGGUGAUUCAAUUUUGUCCACUUCGCCAUAAUUCUCAGAGGAUGUAAUUUGACGAGUGCGGGACAAUUUUGAGCGCAAGGAAUCACUUGAAUCGAAGAUAACGAUUGAGCUGACAAUUUCUCCGGUAAAAAUUAGACCUUAGAUAACUGAAUUGGGAUGACAUCGGAAAUAACUCUGAUGCGAGCAGGAAUACACUAUGUCAUACUCAUAGCAGUAAUACUUAGACGUGAAUAUUAAUAUCCGAUGGAUCAAAUUAGUGUAUAUGUUAUCAUUAUUAUAUAUAUAAAGUGUGCCUCACUGGGGCACCCUUAAGUAACAGUUCCAGCUCGAUAGGCCUCGUAACCGGGAUGGAUAGAGACAAACGAAAUACAUCAUCUCGUCACAAGCAAUCAGAUCUAAGUUAAACGAUAAGGCCAGGACAUACUAUGAGCAUUGAAUUAACUGUCAAAAUGGUAACCUGAGCCCUAGAGGUGAUCACAUGCUAUAAGCCUAACGGAAAAGUAUUCUAAAAAUAUAAAUCUAAUCGUUAAGUUAAACACAUUUGAAAGCGGCUGUCAGAUAAUAUAAACGGUUCGGGAUGAUGGCUGUCGAGGUUCGGGCAUGACGCGCCCGGCCGCACAAUAAGCGGUGACUAGGGAAGUCACAACAAAAAGUCCCCUCUCAGUCUAAUCUGAGCUCUCGAUAUUUUGGAAGAAUUCUGGAUUCUAGCUAGAAAUAGGUAAAUUAGUCAACGAACAUGAGAUGAAUCAUAUAUUAACUUAAAGAUGAAAACCCGCUAAUCAACGUUGACCAAAAUUAAAUUAUGUGGGCUUACAAUUGAAUCAUAUAGAGUAACUAUUUGAUCAUUUGACGUAGCCAUUUUGUCAACGCAGCAUUUUGUCAAUUUGUCAACUCUAAAUAUUCGACUGCUGUUAAUCUUUUAACUUUAAUUAUAAACUUAUGUUACCACUGAAAAUCUGAAAUGGCUCCAGUAGAUCUGUAGAUGUGGCAGCUAGGUUCUCGUUAUAUACUGCGAUAAUCGCAAAUUGAGGCGACAAUCGCACGAUAAUCGCAUAAUGAGGCGAUUAUCGCACAAGGGGGGGCGAUAAUCGCAAAAUGAGGCGAUAACCGCGCGAUAAUCGCAAAAUGAGGCGAUAAUCGCACAAGGAGUCGAUUAUCGCGCGAUAAUCGCGAGGGAGUGCGAUUAUCGCUGCAAAAAUAAAAUC